CGAUAUAACCAUUUGCAAGUUAAAAAGGCUUGCCUAAAUGUAUAUUUCUCAGCUACACACUGAGUUGAAAAUUAGAUGAUUCGAGACGUUGCGAGGCACUGGUCUAAUGGACCAGAAAAUUCCGCACUCAAGGUUCUUUGUUUCCUUUACGACACCAUUUACAGGCACACCGUGUUCGGUCCGUGCAUAAUGUAUUAAAUUUCUAUUCAACAGCUUGGAGACAAACGCUCAUUAAAAGUAGACUGUUCAAGCUGAACAUGUCAACUAAGUGGCGUCAACUGAAGCCCCUUGAAUGGGGUGCAUAUGUCAACAAAGAAGUUAAAGUAACCUCGCACGAAAAGCAACAAUAUCAAGGUUGGGUGUUCACCGUGGACCCAGUCUCUGCAAGUAUCGUCUUGGUGAACAUGCUUGAAAAGGGAACAGCUGUGGCGGUGGUGGUAAUGGGUCAUGCUGUGGAAGAAGUGGAGGUUUUACAGGAAGGGAACGAGGCCAUCUCGGAGCGCAUGAGAGACGUCUUCACACCACAGGGUGCACAGACUCUAUGCAUGAAUGAACUGAAACAUAGAAAGGACAGCCUUCGUGUUUGGCUGGAGAAGAAUCGCAUCCCCGUCGAAGAGGAAGGGGAGACACUGAAGAUAGCUAACGUGUUAACCGUUAGCCCUCCCUAUGGAGUAGAGAACUGCAGCAGCCCCAAUGAGAUCAUUUUGGCCCGAGUGCAAAGUCUUGUGGAGAGCAACCCUGGUGGCGAGCAACCUGCGAAUGUCUGAGAAAGGUGCGCCAUUUGGACAAGAAGCUUGGUCAAGAAACGGAGAAUCAGGUCUUUGUCUUUGAGCUGCUUUGGUGAAUGUGUCAACAGUUUGUGUUGACUGCAAGAGAAUCAUCUUUACAGUUUGGGGUUUAAGAAGACUGCUUUUGAAUUUAAUUAUUUUGAUAUUUCUAAUACUACCGUUAGUACAACAAUGCAAACAUAAUUGAUAGCGAUUGGGGAUUUCCGUUUUGUAAAUGUGCAGCUGUGUGGACUGUAGCUACCGUUGAUAAUUACUUUUUUUUAUGGCACUUUUCUAAUAAAACAAGCACAGGUUAUUGCAACAAGAAUGAAUCUCUUAUCAGAUUGAUUUCUGUAAUUCAACCUGUAUAUGUCUUAGCCUACAUCACACACAUGUCAUUGAUUACUAAAUAUGGAAUUUCUAAUUGGAGUUCUCAACAGUAAUACUUUGACCAUGGCUAUCCACGAAGUUAGCUCACAUGCAGUACAAACUUAAGUGGUGCAGGCAGCAGUACUUAAUGGAAAGCUAGAAUCUCACCGAAGAACUUUCGUUUAUAAUGGCGGACACACGUUUGGGACACAAAGUCAACUUGUUUUCUGCCUGCUA